AGUCGCAUACCAGACAGUGGCACGUCAACCACGCGCUCGGUCACUCCUGACACAUUGUUUAUUAACUUGAGGAGAAGAGCAACUAUACUUAACCUUUUGUUCGAGAAAUAUUUUCGGAAACUCUUACAGAAAAACCGGGUUAAAAAGGCGAUGUGGAAUAAAAAGUCAGAAUAAACGACGCAGGCGGUCAUUAGGACAUAAAAGGACUCUCAUUCCUCAAGAUUAAAGGCGGCAGAAGGAAGACAUUCAUCAGACAGCAGGAAGACGGUCAUCAGACAGGAGGAAGGCAGUCAGCCAUCAGACGCUGUGUACAGAGACAAAGGGCCCUCAGUUCUAAACGAAAACACACUUGGAAUAAGCAAGCUUUUUAAGGGAAGGGAAAGAUAACCUAAUAAUACUUUUAUAAGUAAGCAUUGCAUCUGAGAAGAAAACACCGUCGCAAGUCAAUCCUGAAGUAAAUCUUCAAGUCAACAGGAAGAUCGAAGGAAAGUGAACGUGGAAAAACAAACCUCCCGUUGGAUUUGGAGUCGCUUUGCUUCCUCAAGAAAAGAUGACAAAGACCCAGGCCUUCUAAAAACAAGUCAAGGUGUAAUCUUCCCGGAUCAGGAAAAUUGGGAUUUUCGUGGCCUUCUUCCUCCCGGUUCUCCUUUUGUGUUCAGGUAUCAAUGCCUCCGUCGGAAACCACGCGGACGAAGGCCCGCAGGAGAACCGAGUGAUGUUAGGAGGCAAGGGCGGCCGCACCGCCCUUUGGGACAGGUCCAGUCCGAAUUCCGAUGCGGAUCUGCCCUACUUCGACUACGAGCAGUCUGUCAACGUGACAGCGCUCCUGGGCAAGAUGGCCGUCCUCAACUGUCGCGUCAAAAACAUUGGCAACAAGACGGUAUCGUGGAUUCGACACCGCGACAUCCACCUGCUGACGGUCGGUCGAUUCACGUACACGUCCGACCAGCGAUUUUCGGCCAGCCACGCCCCCGGGUCCGAAGACUGGCUGCUGAAGAUACACUACCUGCAGGAGAGAGACGUCGGUAAUUACGAGUGCCAGAUUUCCACCACCCCGCCCAUCAGUCACCUGGUCCACCUGGAUGUGGUCGAGCCAGUGACCGAAAUCGCGGGCGGCCCCGACGUCUACAUCAACACAGGCAGUCGGCUGAGCCUCUCUUGCAGCGUCAAGUACAGUCCAGAUCCUCCAGCCUUCAUAUUUUGGUUCCACGACGGAAAUCUGAUCAGCUACGACAAAUCGCGCAACGGGGUCUCCGUGACCACGGAGAAGGGACCCGUGUCUACCUCGCGCCUUGUCGUGAAGUUGGCAGAGUCUGAACACUCGGGAGUCUACACGUGUUCGCCCGCCAACUCCAAGGCCAAGAGCGUCAACGUUCACAUACUGGCUGGUGACAAGCCAGCUGCGAAGGUUCACGAAAACAAAGGCGCCCAGGCAACUGCCUCCGUCACUCAGCUGUACAUAUACCUGUUUUAUACGUGUCUCGUUCUUCUUCGCCGUUUUGUAUUGUAAUGUUUGAACAGAUAGAAACUGAAAGAGAAAGUGCUGUUUUGUACUUGAUUUUUAGACUAGAAAGUACUUAGGUGAGAAGUAUUUUUGUUUAUUUGUUGUUAUAUUGUGAGAAAGAUUUUGAAAAAUACAUAAAAAAUGGACUUUCUAAAGAGCUUGUAGAUUAUUGAAAGCAUUCCCUUGAUCGGUGAUCAUUUCAUUGAUGUUGUAUUAAGGGAAAGUGGAAUUAUUUUUUCUUCAGUGAAAUAAUUUCAAAGUCGGUUUCGACGAGCUUAAUUAGCAAAGUCGAAUCUCGUCCAUCAUUUAAUUAUUUAUCAAACUAUUCUCACUCGCUUCAUGUUGUAACCAAAAAAGGAGCUCAUUUACAGUGUAUAUAUUUUCGUCAUCAGUUUCAAUCUUUUAUCUACCAAAUAUUUACACAAUUUCUUUUAUUCUGGUAAUCACAGAUUUUACUCCGCCAAGGGAAACUAGAAUUUGGAUUUUUAAUCUAGCAAGUUUAAGAAGCAAAUGGACAACAAAACGUAACUCAUAAAAAUCGAUUCACUGACACAAACACUUUUUUCCUUAAAAUAAAUGUCGCGUCAUAAUUAUAAUUGACAUUUAACCCAAAGUUCAACAAAACAAACCUCAUUAGUUAAAAUACUUUUAGCAUAAAUAUAUAACGGAUUGAACCUUUUUCAGUGUUAAUGAAUCAGUGGUUGAUAUUUUCUGUUUCCUUCCGUAAUUAUAUUUCUUUAAUUCAUGAAUUUGUGAUGACUGGAAAAAUGCAAACGCAAGAAAUACAGGUGAGGUUAUUGAAUUCUUUUAUAGCUCAGAAGCACUAUUUCGUCUAUUUGUAGACCUCUUCGGUGACUGGUGUGACUCAAGUAUGGUUGGUGGUUGUUGUAGAUGAAGCAGCUCCUUAUGCCAGCAUGGGGCCCUUGCCUAGAAGUGGCGUCUAAGUCUGUUUGAUGUUAAAGGGAAUUACAGUCCUGGUGUGGACUGCUGAAAUUGAUACAACAAACGGCUGGUAGGCCGGGCUGGUGAUCCAUGUUUCUACACACUUGAAUACAUAAAAUUAUGUAGUUAUAUGUUAACACACACAUUUUACAUAAACGCAAUGUCUGCAUAAGGCAAUGUUCAUAUGAUUAUUGAUAUGUAAGCAUACAUAAUUACAUAUAAUGUUUGUGUAUUUGUAGACACAUACACUCACAUAAUUUUGGUAUAUUUGUUAGCACACAACAUACACACUUUUGUGCGUGUACACAAUAAUUAUUUAUGACUGCUUAAGAAGAAACUCCAUCUGGGUUUUUCAUGUUAAAUGCAUUUGUAAAUAGUGUAAAUAACUGUAUGUGUUUAAACAUAUAUUUUUGUAAAAUAAAGUCGGUAAUUCGUCAAAUAACUGUUUGCU